AGGCCGCGGGUGUUUUUUUCCCCGCACGACAGAUUCGAUUGAGGGCGGGCAGGGGAGAGUGAAGUGGCUGAGCGUGGGGGCGGGGCGGAAUCUGCUGUCCCCGACUAGUGCCUUGAUUACCUCCAGGAGCGCUCGUCCAGGACAAGAUGGCGUCGGUGUGGGAUGAGGCUGAGGACGGCGUUGGCGAGGAGGUGCUGAAAAUGUCCACAGAGGAGAUUGUGCAGCGAACCCGCCUGCUCGACAGCGAGAUCAAGAUAAUGAAGAGCGAGGUGCUGAGAGUUACCCAUGAGCUGCAGGCCAUGAAAGAUAAGAUCAAAGAGAAUAGUGAGAAGAUCAAAGUGAACAAAACCCUGCCUUAUCUCGUUUCCAAUGUCAUUGAGCUACUGGAUGUUGACCCCAAUGACCAGGAAGAGGAUGGAGCAAAUAUUGAUCUAGAUUCCCAGAGGAAGGGCAAGUGUGCUGUGAUUAAAACCUCCACUCGCCAGACAUAUUUCCUGCCCGUGAUCGGGUUAGUUGAUGCAGAGAAGCUAAAGCCUGGAGACCUAGUGGGUGUGAACAAGGACUCUUACUUGAUCCUGGAGACUUUACCUACUGAAUAUGACUCACGAGUGAAAGCCAUGGAGGUGGAUGAGAGGCCCACAGAGCAGUACAGCGACAUUGGGGGGCUGGAUAAACAGAUCCAAGAGCUGGUGGAGGCCAUUGUGCUGCCAAUGAAUCAUAAGGAGAAGUUUGAAAACCUGGGUAUCCAGCCCCCCAAAGGAGUGCUUAUGUAUGGGCCACCUGGAACAGGGAAGACCCUCUUAGCUAGAGCAUGUGCUGCCCAGACAAAGGCAACAUUCUUGAAGCUGGCUGGCCCACAGCUGGUGCAGAUGUUCAUUGGAGAUGGAGCCAAGCUGGUGCGAGAUGCCUUUGCUCUGGCCAAGGAGAAAGCUCCUUCUAUCAUCUUCAUUGAUGAGCUGGAUGCCAUUGGCACCAAGAGGUUUGACAGCGAGAAGGCUGGCGACCGGGAAGUGCAGAGGACCAUGCUGGAGCUUCUGAACCAACUUGAUGGAUUCCAACCCAACACACAAGUCAAGGUGAUUGCUGCAACCAACCGUGUGGAUAUCCUGGACCCUGCUCUGCUCCGGUCUGGACGCCUAGAUCGCAAAAUUGAGUUCCCAAUGCCCAAUGAGGAGGCCAGAGCUAGGAUUAUGCAGAUCCAUUCACGCAAGAUGAAUGUCAGCCCUGAUGUGAAUUACGAGGAGUUGGCUCGCUGUACAGAUGACUUCAAUGGAGCACAGUGCAAGGCCGUGUGUGUGGAAGCGGGGAUGAUCGCACUUCGGCGUGGAGCCACAGAGCUCACCCAUGAGGACUACAUGGAAGGAAUCCUGGAGGUUCAGGCCAAGAAAAAAGCCAAUCUGCAAUACUAUGCCUAAUCUCUGCACCGCAAUCAGGUAUUGUGGCCUUGGCAGAAUUGGACAGGCUGGAAUUCGAGAGGACUGGACUGUUUGGUUAUAUUUUAUGUGCUGGAAAAAAAUAAAGCUCUUUUUCCCCCCUCCUUUUAAAAAAAUAAAUAAAUCCUUGCCUAGAUAUGGUUCAUAAUGCUACAACUUGAAGGGAAAAUAAUUAGUCCCGUCCAUGAACGUGAAAUUGGCCUUGAAGUCUGUCUUGGGCUGGGACAGGCUUAAAUCCUAAGGUGAGAGUAAUUGCUUAUGUUUUAGAGCCACUUGCUGUGGAGUAGGAGUGACAGGGAAUAAUAAAUUUAGGGGCUGUAAAUGUAAUCUAAAUCAACCAUUGGCUGCAGGCCAAAGGUCCUCAACAUAUCUACAAUUCUUUCACUGCUGCAGCCAGUGGAGGCAAACAGCUAAGCAGAACCUGUCCAAUUCUACACUGGAUUUAGCAGUCUUUUGUUAGGGUCAUGUACUUGUUCCAUACCACAAGCCUCUCUUUAUUUCUACUUUGCAAAAGAACGUUCUUAACUUCUUGCUCCUAAUUCCACCCAGGAUCCUUCCCUCAUGGUGCCUGUUGCACCCCUUUUU